CGAGCACGCACACCCACGACCCACAUGCGAGCGCGAGGAGCAGUCACUUCCGUGUGACGUCACACCCGACGGGGAAACUACACGGUAGUUUUUGUGUACGGUAGUUACCGUGAUCGGAAUACUAUAUAGGUCUAAUUAUUUUGAUUACCGCACACUAGACAAUAUUAUUAUCGUAGUGAUAGUGAUAAAUAAUAAUAUAUGGAUAAUAUUGUAAUAAUAGUAUAAUACUUAAAUUAUCUAAUUCAUAACUGAGACUUGAGAGCAUAGGUAUAUAAACAAGCUUACAAGCAGAGAGGAGUAGUUGUAACUUGUAAGUAAACUGCUAGUGUGAGUCGACGAUGCAUCCGUUUUGACUCUCAAGGAUUUGCUUAGGUUAUAGCCUAUGCCCUAUAGGUACCUAGCGUAAUUGUUAUUGUUGUUAUUGUUGUUAUUGUUGUUAUUAUCGAUCACGUCUGGGGUUUCUUGAGAUUAUUGCUUGAGUAGCAUGACAACAUUUAAAUGGUUUAUGGUAUCCAGCAAAUCGCGUUCCAGCUAAUAGGAGGACAUUGCCGUUACGUUAUCGCUUCCACGCCAGAUCAAAGGAAACGGGUGUAUGAAUACUGUUAAACACAAGCCGGGAUUGCAACUUCAGUACCUGUUGCAAGGAGGCUCAUACCGAAACACCAAACUACAAUGCAUAGUUUUGGUUUGCAGUCAGCUUUGGCGAUUCGCCGUCAACGUAAGAGACGAGCUGAACUUAAACGGCAUGUGGAAAGACGUCGCUUAAGUUCUCAAUCGAUAGAAAGUGGAAUUCAUGGGUCUAAAUCUACAGUGACAAGCCCAACAGAAUACCAUGGAUCUGUUGGUAGCCUAUCACAAGGGCCAAGGAGAAGAAAGAGACCACCUAAAAUGCUUGAUACUAAAGUUGCUUCUAGCAUAGGCAUGCUUCACGUUGGUGUGGUGUUUUUAGUUUUGGGCCUUUUUUUAAUUGGAUCUGGCAUUAUACCUGAUGAUUAUGUUUCGUGGGCUUCAAAAAAUUGGGUUAAUGAACUUGUAAUAACUGGUUUAACUUCAAGUUUAAUUGGUCUCUUUUUGCUUGUGUUGAAUCAUUUCAUUAAUCGCAAAGCUGAAUCAGAUUUAGCUGCAUACGUGGAACGCCAAUUGACUAGAACAAGAUCAGGUAGAAGACUGGUAUCAGAUGCAGAAACUGGUGCUAUGCAUACAAAACAACAGCAUAAAGCACGACAACAAAGUCAGAGUCAACAGCAAAAUUCUCCCGGUUCAGAUCUUGAUCAAAUAGCUGAAGAAGAAGCAUGUGGUUCAGAGUAUAGACCUGUUGAUCAAUAUAAUAAUCUUGAAACAGAGAGGCAGAAUCCAGGCAGGACACAUAAUGCAUACAAUAGGGAAUUAUUGGUAACACGGUGUUAUGAUACAACUGAAACAUAGUAAGUUUUAACAAAUUAACUCAAUAAGAAGUUUAAAAAAAAAAAAUGCCGUUAUUAAAAUAAAUUACUUUUAAGAAAUUUAAUUUAUAUUUAAAAAUUAUUUACAUUUAUUUUAUUUGCCUGUUUAUGAAUGAAUAUUGACUUCCUUAAUUACCUAAUAUUUAAAUAUUUAAUUAUACCUAUAUUUUAUACUUGUAAUUUGAUAUUUUUAUACUAUUUAGUUGACUUUUGUAGCUUUGUGUUUAAAUAUUGUUAAUUAAACUAUAAAUGCACAAUACAUUUAGUGAACUAUCCAAUUUUUAUUAAUUAAAAAAAAAUAUUGUACGUAUUGUUUUGCUUGUAUUAUAAUAUUUUUGGUUUUAAAUUUGAAUUGCCAACUUAAAAAUACCCUAAACUGUGAAAUCACUAACUAUAAAGUUAUAUGAUUUAAAUUUUUGUUAGGAAAAAAUGAUAAGCAAUUAAUAUAUUAUAAUUAGUUAUUGUUUUUGUUUAUGUUAUGUUGUUAGACAAAUUUGUUAUGUAAUUUAAAUCAUUGAAUCAAUAAUCGUAUCAUAAUACUACUAUGGAGAUAAUUGUAUAAUAAUUAUAUUUGAGUAUGUAUAUUAAAUAUUUCAUGAAGAAUUUCUUUUGGAAGACUGAAAAUAUUAAUUUACGUUCCAUCUUUAGUUUAAACAAAUAUUUUUUGCAAUCAUUGUACUUUUAAUUCUUGCUCAACACUUUUCUUGAUUUUGAAUAAUUAAAAAUAACACCGGGAUCAAAGAAGUAUUUAUUGGUUUAAGUUUUGCUAUUUAUUAUAUAAUUAUAAUUAACACCACUUUAAAGAUUAAAACUUAUUGUUUCUAUGUUUUUAAUUUACAUGUAAAUUUAUUUGGUUAAUACUUAGAGAAUUUACCUCUGUGUUCAUAACUAUUAUUUGGUUUGAACCAUGUUCUUGACUUGAAUGAAAUAACUUGCACUGUGAUUUUUGUGUUUAUAUAUCUAACUAAUGAUAAUUAUAAAGCAUAUAUUAUAAUAAUGCAUUGAAUAUUGAAUUUUUAUAAUUAACUUAUUGUAUCAUUCUAUCACAGCUAAUUAUUCAGUAGAAUUAAUUAAUUUAUAAUUAUUAUAUAAAUAUAUAUAUUAUGAUUGCUUAACAUAUUUAAAUAAAAACAACUAUUACUGACAUUUUAAUAUUCAGAAUAAUAAAAUAAAGUUUUUUAAUCAUACAUGUAUUAUUUUUCUUAUUUAUUUUUGUUGAUAAGUAUUAUAUAACCAAUUAUUUUAGACUACUUAUUUUGAAUACGUGGGUGUCUGCGGAGGGGUGCUGGAGGUGGCUAUUUUAGUUAAUAUUAAUUGUCUUAUCACUUUUAGUAACAAAAAUUAGUGGUUUACGAGUAUAUUUCGGCAGACGCCCUUGGCUGAAUAUGCUUAGAUAUUAUUAUGUUAUAUCUUAUGACUUGAGGCAAAAGAGAAAUAGAGUCUUAAUUGGUGGUUGAUUAAACCCAUGUGUGUGUUAAUGCGGUUAUAGUACUUACUAUUAUUAUGUUUGUAUUCACCUAUUAAUUAUUUUCUGUUUCAGUUAUACAUAAUAUUUUAUGAAGUAUUAAAAAAAUUACCCUUUUUGGUACUUGUUUUUAUUUAUUGAAAGCUGUAAACAUUUUUUCUAUGCUCCUUUUUAAAACACUAACUGGUAUGAAAUCCAUAUAUUUUUAUGUAAAUCUAAUACUUAUUAUUUUAGAAAUAAUAAAAACCAUGAUUUAUAUGAAAUAGACAAAAGUAACGUUAAUUUUACUGUAAAAUUUUCUCAAAUUGAAAUGUAAUAUUGUUUCACACAAUUCGAAAAACAUUAUAAUACAUAUUAUAUAAAAACUACUUUUGACAGUUUGUAAAAUUUUAUUUUUUUUUACACACUUAUUUGACUAAAAAACAAUAUAACUUAUUGUUACGUCAGCUAUGUCAUCAAUUGAUAUCAUUACUCAUGACAGUCAUAUAAUAGAAGUAAUAAUUUAUACUUUUCUCUGCAAUAAGAUUUUUUUUUUAAAUUUAUAAAUAAUCUGGUCUUAAAUCUAGUGAUAAAAGUAUUUUACAAAUGUUCAACUAUCUGUUAAUUAAUGUAUAGGUACCUACAGUGGCCUACACAGGAUUUUUAAAUGAGGGGAGGGGGGCUUGAAAAUUAAUAAUAACAUUUUAAUUUUUCUAGUAUAUCAUUUCAGAUGUUUAGGUGAGGUAUUUCAAAGCGUUUGUACAACUUAAACUUUUCAACUUACCUAGUAGAAAAAAUGUUCUGAUCAUCAACUUCAAUGAAGGUUUUUGGUAGAAAAUUGAAUAUAGUUGGUAUUUUUGGGAAGUCGGAAAUGAAAAUUCACAGUAGGUACUUUUUAAAAUAAUCAAGAAGAAAAAAAUUAAUAUUAUUAUUAAAAAAAUUGUUUGGUAAUCUCGGUUGGACCGUUUUUGCUUAGAUUGUCUCAGAUAUUUUUUUUCUAAAAACGUCAAUAAAAAUUAUUUGUUCAGUCAGAAAGCUCAAAAACUUUAAACUAUGUUCCUAACACGUUUUUAUUAUAGCUAAUUAAAAAUAUUAACGUCAUAUAGGAACAUUUAUUUUUAUUAGCAUUUAAAGUACAAAUUUUGACGUAACCACAAUUAAUUUGUAGUUAAAAAAUUAUAAAAUGUUUAAUUUUUGAACAUUUAAGAUUUUUUUUGAAAUCAUUUAUAUGAAAAAAGUUUUUACUGUUUCAAAAACCAUUAGGUAUCAUUAAAUUCAAAUUUAACACAUCCUUUACAGUGAUCCACUCGACACCUACUGUAGAACAGAGAGGUUCUCGCUGUCCCAUUUUUAUAUAUAUAGACUUAGCUAAUCCGUUAAUACGUAUAUGAAUUUACAUUCUUAUUUACUAGUUUACCAUACAGUUGAAACUUGAUAAAUACUUUAAAAAAUAUAUAUAUAAUAAUACGGCAAUACUGUAUACCCAUAUUAUUAUUAAGGAUUGAAAAUUAAUAUUUUAAUGCGUACCUAUGUAGUUGUUAAUAAUAUAUGUAUAGCCAUUAUAAUUUAUAGCCGGUUGGCUAUUUAUAUUGUUUAUUUUAACAGCAACAUGUAAAUUAUUUUAAUAAGUUUUAAAAUCAUGUACCUACUAUUGAGUCAACUUCUGAGCUUACAUAAUCAUUAUUCGAACGGCAUUUUUCUUCGGGCAAGUCACGGUGUCCGGAGAAUCAAGUGCCGCCGUCCCCCACCCGGGCAUGGCAGAUACCUACGGGUGCCCAAUCAAAAAAUCUGCCAAACCCAACACACACGUGUUCCUCCCCCUACCGACAACACUAAAGUACAAAAACCCAACCAGGCUAAUAACCUCAGCUGUUGAAACCUUACUCUUAAUAAAAAAAAAAAAAAUCAUUAUUCAUUAAUAACUAAAAAUAAUAAUGUUUUAAAUUCACAAAGCUUAUUACUAUAUAAUUAUACUAUACUACAGUACUACAGUAAAAAUUAAACUAUAUUAUAUUCUAAUGAUUAUAAAUGGAAUUGCUGAAUGCCGUCUGUAUUUCGUUUUAUUCGCCAUUCUUGAUUUUAAGAUUAGGAUUAAACUCGAUACCUAACCGUCGUAUAUCAGAACCCCCUUGCUUCACUACACUGGUAUAAACUUGUUUCGGGCGCAGUCAUUAUUAUAUGCCCUGUGCUUGCACGUCGUUAGGAGGAUAUGGAUCAUUGAUAUAAUAUGAUAUUAAUAAAUAAAUGAUAACAUAGAAUACCUAUUGAACUAGCGGGUUUUUUUUCAACAUUAUUAUGUAUUUUUUUUUCGUUUUAAUUUUAUUUA